UUGUAUCCAGCCUUACCUUGCAUUUAUGCAAGAGGUUGUUUCCAUCACUUGAACCCCUAUCCUCAUGGUCAAAUGGUGGAUGGAUGGUCUCCCGGAGAAGUGACGGCUAUGUCUGAUGCACAAAAUUACUCAAUUGAGUUGAGAGUGUAUGUGAAGGUGCAGGUAGAGCUACCUUUAGUUAUGAUCCACUAGGUACAUUAUAUCUAGCGAGCUUAAUCCAAUGAUCAAAAUUUCGUGCUUAGUCAAAGAAGAAGAAUGCUAGAAAUUUCAAAAUGAGUGUGCAUUUCUGGACAGCAGGUGGCAGAGGAGCAGCAAAUGAGUUUGAUUGGACUGAAAUAUUCGAUUAUAUGCUCAAGAAUCCAAUCUCUUUCCGCACAUAUGCUUAGCAGGAUUGUUUCAGGAAAAUUGUUCGACAAAUUGGACAAUAUUGGUGUCUGUACCAACCAUGAACCAAUGCACUUGACAUGGAAACUGUGGUUGCAAUUUGUCCGUAACCUGCAGUUUUCUCAUGUCUUAACUAUACACUCCGAGGUAUCUUCUCUUCUGUUUCUGUCUCUCUUUUCAACCUUGUACAGGGGAAACAGGGGAGUUUCUUCAAGUCUUUAUCAGGCAUUUUUGUUCCUCCAUUGCUGCUACUUCAACAGUCAGGCCAUUUUCAGAGAUAUGUCUGGAGCACAGAGAUAUGGGAUGUGAUUUCAAGAGUUCUUCCAGAGGACAGAAAUGGUAGUCGAAUUAUUUUGACUUCAAGGAAUGGAUGUGUAGCUAUGCAUGUUAACCCCGAAGUUCAUGCUUACAAAAUGAUGCCAUUGAGUUUAUAUGAUAGUUGGAAGCUACUUCACAAGAAGUUAUUUGGUGUAGAACAAAGUUGUCCUGCAGAAUUGGAGGAAAUAGGGAGGGCAAUAGUUGGAAAAUGUGAAGGACUGCCGUUAUCUAUAUUGGUGGUUGCAUGGCAUCUCGAAAGUUCCCAUGACGAAAGAAACUUGGGAAAAUAGUAGCUAAAAAUGUUAGUAGAGUUGUUACAAGUGAUCCGGAAGGACGCAUAGGAUUACUUGCUAUGGGUUACCACUACUUGCCUAUUCACCUAAACCCUUGCUUCCUCCAUAUCGGAACAUUUCCCGAGGGUAAUGAGAUUGAUGCUUGGACAUUGAUCAGAUGGGUUGCUGAGGGAUUUCUAAAGAGUGACAGUUGAGAAGUCCUGAAGAAGUGGCUGAGGAAUGCUUGGAGGAUCUUGUCAGUAGAAAUUUGAUAAUGGUUACGAGGAAGAAGGUAGAUGGUCGGAUCAAAAGUUGCAGUAUGCAUGAACUGUUACGGGAUUUGAGUGUGAGAGAUGCUGAAAAGGAAGAGCUUUUGAAUAUGAUUACAAAUAAUGAAGUUCCUAAUUUUUCAGCAGCAAAUGAACAGAGUGCGCCGAACUUUAGUGUUCAUACCUCCAUUUCCUUGGAAAAGUUUAUGAAGUCCUCACAAGUUGUACUUUCCUUGUACCUCUUCAAGGAACCAACAGGAAAAACUUCGGAAUUCAAAGCUUUGAGAGUAUUGGUCAUUCCUAAGUCUUCCUUUAUCUUUCGCCAUCACAUGACAUUAGAUUCAGCUAUCCUGAGAUACCUUGAAGUUACUAGUGACAGUGAGUUCACGGAAUUCCUUGGAUAUAUGCACAACCUUCAAACCUUUAUAUUUUAUACCCGUAAAAUAUUAAAGGUUCUAACUUUGCCCAGAGAAUUCUGGAAUCUUAAGCAGUUGAGGCAUCUCCGUGUUAUGCAUAACAUUCAUUUACCCAAUCCUCAAGGCAAUAACUCAUCUGAUGUUGAUCUGCAUCAUCUACAGGAGGUUUCAAAUCUCUGUAUUGCUAGUUGUACAAAGGUGGUACUAUCUUGCCUUGCGAAUCUAAAGAAAUUGAGGAUCGAUGAUUUCAGAAGAGAUAUCGAAUACAAUGAGAUAAAAACAUCCUGGAGCUUACUCAGUCUUGUCUGCUUAAAUAAACUUGAAUCCCUUUACUUAUGUUUUAGGAUGUGUUCACUGUCGUCACGCCUGGCGAAUUGUUGUUGUUUCCCAACAUCUCUUAAGAGGUUGACCAUGUUUGAUCGUCACCUUCCGUGGGAAGAUUUAGCAACUAUUGCGAAGGUGCGCAAUCUCGAAGUGCUCAAACUCAGGAACAAUUCAUUCUAUGGUGACGUGUGGAAACUAAAUGAUGAUGUUCAGUUCAAGCAGCUAAAGUUCCUGCUACUUGAUAACGUAUGCAUGAAAAGGUGGGAGGCUAACAGUGAUAACUUCCCAAAUCUUCAUUGCGUAGUGUUACAACUGAUGUGUCACCUGGAUAGAAUCCCUCUGGAGUUUGCGGAUAUAUGCACCUUGGAGUCAAUUGAGUUAUAUUUCUCCUUGAAUCUCUUGAAAUCAGCAAGAGAAAUUGAAAGAGGAAAUUAAUUCAAUGGUGAUUAUUAUGAAUUGGUUAAAAAAACACGGUGGAAAGGCUUUUGCUUCCUUUAAGCAGGGUGAAAAAAUUAGCCCAUAAAAACAUGGUCAGUUCAAUUCACUCAAUUUUAGUUUCGAUAAAUAUUAUUCCUGGUGCAACAAAUCUGUUUCCAAAUGAUAUAUUGCAUACAAUGAUGUUGAAAUUUCUGUACACCACCCCUUGUAGGUGAGCAUGCAAAAUUCCACCCUGGGUGUGGUUUUAACGACCUCCCAUUUCUCGUCCCCUGAAAAAUAUUUACAUCAUAUGCUAAAGAACCCCAUCUUUUAUCCAUAUAUAUGCUUAGCAGGACUGUAUCAGGGCACUUGUUCGACAAAUUGGACAAUAUGGUGUCUGUAUCAACCAUGAAUCAAUGCAUUUGAGAUGGAAACUGUGGUGGCAAUUUGUCAGCAAUCUGCAGUUUUCUCCUGUCUUGAAUCUUUCUAAACACACAGCGCAUUCCGAGGUAUCUUCUGUUCUAUCUAUUUCAUCAACCUUGUACAGAAAACAGGGGAGUUUCUUCAAGUCUUGAUCAGACAUUUUUGUACUUGCUCCAUUGCUGCUACUACUUUGAAUAAUCACACCAUUUUCAGCAGCCUGUCUUAUUAGAGACCUCCCUUCUAUGCAGAAAUGAAAUAUCAGGAGAACAAUUAUUCCUGAAGAAAAGAAAAUCACAGAUAUUAUAACACCCAUUAUGCAAAAAAAGAACAAAAUUAUUACUAUUUAUUUGCCAAACAUAAGAACAAGAGAUACAGCUUAGCAAUGUUUCUUAUUUAUAUUUAUAGAGACAAGUUAUGCUUACAACGUGGUUGCAUGAUUAUUACUUAAAAACACCAAAUUGUUUUAAAAUAUCAUAUUCUCUUUCUUUGUAAAACUUGAAGUUUACUUCUUUUGUUUGAUCAAGGUAUAUAUUAUUGUCUUUUCUGGGAAGAGAAUUGGACCUCAUUAUAAUUAGAGUAUAUCCAAAUAUUUAAUUAUCUAAAGGGUUCUUGUGAGAAACGUUUUCAAUUUCGAAUUCAUCGAUAUAUAUGCCUGCAGACCCAUAAUUGGUCAUUUUUAGACGUUAUUUCCAAUCAUCCAUUAUUUUAAUUUUACACCAAUACUUAACUAACUAAAUCUAUCCACCAUGCACAGACAAUUACACUAUAUAGUUUAGUUGUACACUGACCACAUUCCAAUUUAAUUUGUUGAAGAUUAAACAGUCCAAAAAAAAAAAGUUUAGAAUUUCAUGUUCGAUGAAUAAUUCUACAGAUCAAUUAGCUCAUGAUUUAUUCAACAAAUAUGUACAAAAAGGCAACAAUAGUAUUGUUGUUCAAAGAAGGAUGUCUAAUCUAGAGUUGGCUAUUUUACCACAACUCGGGCAUGAUGAUACAAAGGAUCCAGUUUCACAAAGGGUCACUUCUGAAUCAGAACAGUUAACUAUAUUCUAUGCUGGAAUUGUACAUGUUUAUGACAAUAUUUCUGUUCAAAAGGCAGAGUCAAUUAUGAAUCUGGCAAGUGAAAACUGUAACGCAAAGGAAAUUAAACCAACUCAGAAGUCACAAGUUCCACAUCAUGUCUACAAGUUUCAAGCAGAGUUGCCAAUUGCAAGAAGGAAAUCUCUCAAGAGAUUCUUUGAGAAACGUCAUAGCAGGAUUACUAGUAAACAACCAUAUGCCUCUCCUGAAUGUGAUCAUGAUCAAAGUGAAAAUUGGAACGAUACAAAGAAAAUUAACAUAACUCAUGCGCAGGAAUAAUACGCACAAAUCGAGAAAUGGUUUAAAAAAAAAAGAUCCAGAGUGGAAAUUAUAAUUUGAAGGAAAAAGAAAAGUUGGUUUGGGCUAAUUUGUGUUGAUCCAAGUCCAGUCCCAUUUUUCAUAAAAUCAUGUGAAGUUCAAGUCUCAAGUCCAUUUUCUUUAUAAUCCAGACCAGAUCAUUGCAUGCGAAUCUAUUUUGCGUUGUUUUAUUUUAAAUAUUGCCCCUCAUUAUAAAUUAAAAUAAAAUUGUGGGCAUAAAUUUUAUAAAUUUUUGUCAUAAUAUUUCAUACUUUAUAUUUAAA